CACCAACAUCAUCAUCGUUUCGAUCGUCCAGCCAUCAGCAGAAGUGAAAAGAAAAAGUUUGUGUGCCGUCGUCGUAAAUUUUUCCUCUCGAAUCGAAAACAUCAGCAUACAGAAGAAGAGUUUCAAUUCCUUCCUUGUCUUGUCGGUUGUCGUCGUCGUCGUCGCGGUCGAUGGUCGUUUCGAAAUCGGUAGCAAGAAAAAGGCAGCGAUCCCGUUAGAAGUGCGGAGUGAAGUGAAAAAGUGCAAAUUGCAUCAGCAGGAGGAGCGCCAGCGGUUCUAAAUCGGUGGCCCCGAGCCAUACCACAUCAGAAACGAAAUCAGACUGUUGCCCAACCAUCAGCAUCAGCGCAAACAACGAGGAGGAAGUGAAAAAUUUUCGAAGGGAAACAAUGUUUGUUGCUCUCGCGGGGUCAUACGAAAUUUGAUUAUACAAUUUUACAGCACAGGAGCAGGAAGAGGUCAAGGAGUUCUCGGGGAAGUGUGAAUUUUCCGCGAGGUUGUUUGUGGCGUGAUAUCGAAACUGGAGCGCGAGACUCGGAAGAAAGUUGCGAGUUGUGCAAUAAUCGUGCUUUGGGAAAAUUGUUACGCAGAUUCGUCAUUGGCGAGCAGGAAAGUGGGUGGACGGACAGUUCCUGGGUUUGUGUGCGUGCGUGCGUAAAAGUGCGUAUAGGUGGUUCUUCGGGAAGAAACGGGAAAGUUAUGAAAAAUAGCACACGUCGAUCAUUUGACCAUCCGCAGGGGCAUAAAGUUCGAAUGAAUCAAUCGCCGCAGUGAGUAAAGACGGCAUACGGACGGAGGCAGAGAAACGGGGACAGAGAAUCGAUUUCGUCACUGGUGAAAUCACAGUGCACCAGUUUACUUUACGGCCCUGGCAAUUGGAGCAGCAUAGACGACGGUGGUGGCAGUAAUUCUAUUGCAGAGCCUAAAUAGAUCACCAUCAUCGUCAGCGGAGUGCCAGGCGAACCAACAGACCAGAAGGAGAAAACAUCUAAAGCAAAUAACACGGAAACGUACACACAAAGUUCUAUUCGUCAUUUGCUCACCCGGAGCAACUAAUCCAGCAAGCUGCAGCCACAAACGAUGAACAUGACCGCGACGGACAAUACGAUCCGCUUCAGCGACCACACACUGGACAAAGCGACCAAGGCCAAAGUGACACUGGAGAACUACUACAGCAACUUGAUCACGCAGCAUGGCGAGCGGAAACAGCGGCAAGCCAAGCUGGAGGCCUCCCUCAAGGACGAAGCCCUGUCGGAAUCACAGCGCCAGGAAAAGCGAAUGCAGCACGCCCAGAAGGAAACGGAAUUCCUGCGGCUCAAGCGGUCCCGCCUGGGGGUCGAAGAUUUUGAAGCACUGAAGGUGAUAGGACGAGGGGCGUUCGGUGAGGUGCGGUUAGUGCAGAAGAAGGACACCGGUCAUGUGUACGCCAUGAAGGUGCUGAGGAAAGCGGACAUGCUGGAGAAGGAACAGGUGGCGCAUGUGCGGGCGGAGCGGGAUGUCCUAGUCGAAGCCGAUCAUCAGUGGGUGGUCAAGAUGUAUUAUAGUUUUCAGGAUUCGGUCAAUCUAUACUUGAUUAUGGAGUUUCUACCAGGUGGGGACAUGAUGACGUUGCUGAUGAAGAAGGAUACAUUGUCGGAAGAAUGUACACAGUUCUAUAUCGCCGAAACGGCACUUGCGAUCGAUUCUAUCCACCGGCUUGGAUUCAUUCAUCGUGAUAUCAAACCCGACAACUUGCUGCUGGAUGCCCGCGGUCAUUUGAAGCUUUCCGAUUUUGGACUGUGCACCGGUUUGAAGAAAUCUCACCGCACCGAUUUCUAUCGGGAUCUGUCGCAGGCCAAACCGUCCGACUUUAUCGGCACGUGUGCGAGCCCGAUGGAUUCGAAAAGGCGGGCGGAAAGCUGGAAACGGAAUCGACGGGCACUGGCCUACAGUACGGUGGGAACACCCGAUUACAUCGCUCCGGAAGUGUUCCUGCAGACGGGUUACGGACCGGCCUGCGAUUGGUGGUCGCUGGGGGUCAUCAUGUACGAAAUGUUGAUGGGCUAUCCGCCGUUCUGUUCGGACAAUCCGCAGGACACCUACCGGAAGGUCAUGAACUGGCGAGAGACCCUCAUCUUCCCACCGGAGACUCCGAUUUCCGAGGAAGCGCGGGAUACGAUUGUUAAAUUUUGCUGUGAGGCUGAGAGGAGAUUGGGUUCGCAACGUGGCAUCGAGGAUUUAAAGCUGGUUUCCUUCUUCCGAGGUGUCGAUUGGGAACACAUACGCGAACGACCCGCCGCCAUUCCGGUUGAAGUGCGCUCGAUAGACGAUACGUCCAACUUCGACGAUUUCCCCGACGUGGCGCUGGAAAUACCCGCCCAUCCCACACCAGAGGGUGAGGUCCUCAAGGAUUGGGUGUUCAUCAACUACACCUUCCGACGGUUCGAGAGUCUCACGCAGCGUGGCACCCCGACGAAAAAGUAGAUCCUUCCCUAACAAAACCCCGAUCUCUGUACUGUGCGUGUCUUCUCAGCUUCCGCCGGCAACUAUAUCCAUAUGUGUUUGCUGAUUGUACUAAUCUCUUCGCACCCCCGUUUGACUCUAAUCUCUAGCACUAGGCACCGGGCGCUCGCGUAGCGGCUCCGAUGCGUUAGGAGGUAAAGUGGAUAAUUACGAAGUACAGCAGAAGAUCGACCACCACUUUAGAUUUAGAUAGUGUUCGUUGAAACCUGGACCCAUGCGGGGCGUAUCGCCGAGAACAAACAAAAAAUGACUCAAUUAACGCAAAGAAGAUAAGACGAUAGCAACCCAUUAUUAACAAUAUCCUCUAUAUAAAGUACACAAGAGAAUUUAAAGUAAUUUAACGUAAAACAAAACACUAUAAGCUGAACAAAUCGUGAAGAAAAAAUCAAAGAGUAUCGAUAGCGGAACGUUAGUUUAGAUUAGGAUUCUCCGUUCAGUUUACCUCCCAUUGGUUCUAUUCUGUUCCUGCGAUGUUGUGUCCCUUGCGAAGUUUCCGUUUGCGUGCAUGAUCCAAGCCGCAAAUUACUAUUAUUUCCAUGAUAGAGGUACCCCUAGUUUUCAGCUUUCACAGCCAAGUAGACUUACAAACACACCGUAAAUGUAGUGUAAUAAAGGAUAGAUACAGCUAACGAACCGAACAUUAACGAACCUACAAACCAGAGAGAACGCUUGCUUUUAGUAGAUUUAAAAAAAUAUCAGUGUCGUAAGCGAAAAGUUUCGAUAUCAUUAUGUUAGUUUGACAAUCAGUUGUUUGUUCAUUGUGGGUGGAAAACGUUAACGAGUAUUUCAAUAUAGAGAAAAGAGAUCUCCAUAACUAGCGUUUUCGAGGCAAGGAAUGACAGGCAACUGAAAGUCAACCAACAUUAUGCCAAUCCUCAAGUCGCCCAAGAAAAGUAAUGCAACUUGUCCCAAUAACAACAACAACAAAACCCGCAAUACCGUAAAUUCCGUUCGGAGGCAAAAACUCACUUAUAAGCACCUGUACAUGAUUAUUUAACUAGCGUUUAGUGUCAAUGUGCAACAUCUACGCAACGUGUAAACGUCCUUAUAGAGAUGCGUGAUUCGUAUAGAACACCUAUACACAACUAUGAAAAUGGAAUGUAGAAAAUAUCUUCAUGACGUAUCGGUUAAUAGAAAGCAAGGGAGGAAACGCGAAUCGUGGGGAGCAUUUCUGUGAGUAGACAGCAGCCUGCAGAAAUUGAUUUAUUCGAAUGAGAGAAAAAAAGCUAUAAUAGUAUUAGUAGUUUUUAUAAUUAUAAUUAUUAUUUUUAGAUCGCAAUCAUGCUUUUACCUUUAAGUUUGAAUGUUUUUAUAGUAGCGAAAGAGAAGAGUAUAAAUGCACUUAUUUCGACUUAGGCAAGGGACCUAUAAUGCUGCAAGUGAUAGAUUUGUGUUUUAUUAAGUUGUGUAAAUAAUCAAGCUACAAAAUGAAGAAAAGGUGGAGAUCGGGCCAACGAUUCUCGUGUUCUUAGAAAUUUCGUUGAAAUAAAAUUAAAAAAUAUAUAUCUAGAUAUCUUUCUUUCAAAGGUUUUGCUUGAAGCAACGGUAUUUUAAAAAUUGUUCUCGUUUUGGUUCUAUUCUAUUGAAAAUUUUAUUUAUACGAUCGUUUUUUUUCUUUACCUAUUCCUAAAUUUGCAUUUUAUAUUCGUAAAUUAUCUUUCGUCGCAGUCCUUUGAUAACCUUUUUUGAAGUUGCUUCUUUAACUAAAUUUAAGGACUAGGAACGUGUUCCGCUGAA